AAAAAAAUAUUAUAUUAAUCUCAGAGUGGCUCCACUGUCACCAUACCUCGUAUCAUAGACGACGAUAGCUUUUUGGUUUCAUCGAAUCUGAAUUCCAUUUUGUCUGUGGUUCACGAUGGCUACUCAAGGACAAGUCAUUACGUGCAAAGCCGCGGUGGCCUGGGAACCCAACAAGCCAUUGACCAUCGAGGACGUUCAGGUGGCUCCGCCGCAGAACGGCGAGGUCCGUGUCCAAAUUCUCUACACUGCUCUCUGUCACACCGAUGCUUACACUUGGAGCGGCAAGGAUCCAGAAGGUCUUUUCCCAUGUAUACUUGGUCAUGAGGCUGCAGGGGUUGUGGAAAGUGUUGGAGAAGGUGUUACUGAAAUUCAGCCUGGUGAUCAUGUCAUCCCUUGUUACCAGGCUGAAUGUGGAGAGUGCAAGUUUUGCAAAUCAGGCAAAACCAAUCUGUGUGGCAAAGUUCGAUCUGCCACUGGGGUAGGGGUCAUGCUGAGCGAUCACAAGAGUCGUUUCUCUAUUAAUGGAAAACCACUCUAUCAUUUUAUGGGAACCUCCACAUUUAGUCAAUACACUGUUGUUCAUGAUGUUAGUGUAGCUAAGAUCGAUCCCAAAGCUCCAUUGGAGAAAGUUUGUCUUCUUGGAUGUGGUGUUCCAACCGGCCUUGGAGCUGUCUGGAACACUGCAAAGGUGGAAGCGGGGUCAAUUGUUGCUAUUUUUGGCCUUGGAACUGUUGGGCUGGCUGUUGCAGAGGGUGCAAGAGCUGUUGGUGCAUCACGAAUUAUUGGCAUAGAUAUUGACAGCAAUAAGUUUGAAAGAGCAAAGAACUUUGGAGUCACCGAGUUUAUUAAUCCAAAAGAACAUGAGAAACCAAUUCAGCAGGUCAUAGUUGAUCUCACAGAUGGUGGAGUUGAUUAUAGCUUUGAGUGCAUUGGAAAUGUCUCAGUGAUGAGGGCUGCUUUGGAAUGCUGCCAUAAGGGCUGGGGGACAUCAGUUAUUGUGGGUGUUGCAGCAUCAGGGCAGGAAAUAUCUACUCGACCUUUCCAAUUGGUGACUGGUCGUGUAUGGAAAGGAACAGCUUUUGGUGGCUUCAAGAGCCGGUCACAAGUUCCUUGGCUUGUAGACAAAUACAUGAAGAAGGAAAUCAAGGUUGAUGAGUACAUUACCCACAAUUUGAGUCUUGCGGAGAUCAAUAAGGCAUUUGACCUCAUGCAUGAAGGAGGAUGUCUCCGUUGUGUGCUUGCAAUGCAGAAGUGAGGUGAUCUAGUUAGUUAAGCCUUUGCUUGUGGUGGUUGAAGAAAAGUCAAUCAUAGUCAUGCCUUUAUAAUAAUAUGAACUUUGUCUUCCCAAGUCACUCAGCAUGAAGAAA